UCGGACUUAAUAAUUUAGCACAACCAUUGGGCUCAAGACAAUCGGUGAUUGGUUUCCACUUCAAAACAGACAGCGGAGGAAGUUUAAACAGGAGGAAACUGUGCAGGUGGAGAUGCAAAUGUUUAUAUUUUAGUUUUGUCAACGUGGUGCAUUAUUUAAAAUGUCAUCUUCAGAUUUCAUAAGAUCCCAAGAUUUCAUAGUUCAUCGGGAUGGACAGCUGUCUCAUGUUUCACCUGAUCAGGGAGAAGUGCAAGGAGAAGCUGAAUCUGUUUUCCCUGCAGACAACAGACCUUUUCUUGAAGAAUAUGACAAACAUAUGGAAGAUAUGAGUAAACAGCUGAAGGAUUACCAGACGCAGAUGUGUGAAAUUAAACUGAAACUUGAGAAUGUAAUUAAAGAAAAUGAAAGACUUCAUGUGGAACUGCGAGAAUCAGUUGAAAGACAGCUUGAGAGUUUACCUUCAGGAACUAUUUUGGAUGGCGCAUCUUUCACAGAUGAUGAAAUUAUGAAAAACCUACAGGAACAAAUACAACUCUGCAAUCAGGAAAAAGAACAAGCCUUGGAGUUGUGGCAUUCGGCUUCCCAUGAGAUGGAGAGACUUCAACAGUUGUACCAAAAGACCAUGUCAGAGGCACAGAUCCACUUGACUGAAAGACAGCAGUUAAAAGAACAGCUGGCACGUGUUCAGCAAGUUGUUCAGCAGUUCCACUUAUCCAAUCAAAAACUGGAAUCUAGUAAUCAGCACCUUCUCAAAACCAUGACAGAACAAAGCUCAGAGUUGGAACAGCUUCGCAAUCAGUUAAGACAAAACAAAUUGGAUUUGCGAAUAGCCACCAGUAAAGUGGAAGAAAUGACAAAGAUUAUGCAAAAUCUUCAAGAACAAAUGCAAAAGAUGGAAGAAGAUGUUGUUACAGCACAUGGCAGAGAGGAAGCCUCUGAUAAACGAGUGCAGCAGCUGCAGUCAGCAAUUGCCCAGUUGGAAACACGAUUAAAAGUUGCUACCCAAGAGGCUGAAAAAGUUGGAAAAGAUCGAACUCUUUUAGAGAGACAAAUUGGAGAACUACAAGUAAAAUGUUCAACACUUGAAGAAGAAAAAUUUGAAGCAAUUAUAAAGGUUCGAGACAGUAUUCAACUAGUGGAGGAAGCAACACUGCAAAAAGAUCAGGCACUUCUGAGAGAGAAACAAAAAGAUGAAGAGAUAGCAAAAAUGAAGGACGCCAUGGCUCGGUUGAUUCAGGAUGUCGGAGCACGGAUGCGUAAAGAGGUUGAAAAUGUUCGAAAGCAAUGUAAUGUUCAAAUUAGCAGAUUGGCAGAAGAGCUUUCAGCUCUACAGCUGGAGUGCAGUGACAAAGAGGGGCAAAUUCAAAGAGCAAUUCGGGAAAAGAGAGCUGUAGAAGAAGAACUAGAAACAGUUUACCGUGAAGGCAGAAGUACAGAAACAGAUUUCCGUAAAAUGGAUGAACUUCUCCAGCGGUGCAUAAAUGCUGAACGAGCCAAAAAUGAUCUGCAAAUAAGCCUAAAAGUUGCAGAGAACAAGCUUAGAAAAAAUGAACUGAAUUCAGAAGAGGAAAUGUUUCGAUGUCAAGAGACCAUUCAGAAACUGCAAGGGUCACUGGAGUCUGUUCGUAUGGACUGUGGCACAGUGAGUGAGGAGAGGUUAAGACUGCAACAGGAGAAUGAGAAACUACGCAAAGAGAUGGAGGAGCUUAGAAAAGCCAGCCUUGAAGUGCAAAGGAAGGCAAAGAACGAGGUUUCUACACUGGAACAUGAAUACUCCAUGAAGGAGAACAGUCUUCAAGUACGUGUUCGAGAACUAGAAAACAGCAGUCAGAAUUCUACAAAUGAGCUUAGUCGUCUGCUUACAGCUCAGCAAAAGACUGCAAACAGGUGGAAAGAGGAAGCCAAGAAGAUUGCGGAAAGCUUUGAGGUGCAACUGAGUAAUUUGAAAAGUCAGUUAAACCAACAAAAGCAACGCUCCCAGGAACUAGCUUCUAAACUUGGAGCUGAGCAUGAGAAGGCUGCUGAGUUUGAAAAACAAAUGGCCGAGUACCAGGAGAAAACAGACAGACUGCAGAGGCGCUUACUUCAUGCGGAGCAGAGAGCAUCGGCAGCUUCUCACCAGUUGACUCAGAUUACAACACGACGACGCACAGCCGCCACCUCCUUGAUGGAUUUGGAAACUCUCUGAGAUAACAUGAGCUCGUACAGAGGACUGCAGUAACCUGAACAAGAACAGUGCGUUGUAUUGGUUGUACAAAUGGCGUGUAGUUAAUGUGAAUGAAUGACAAAUUUGACCUUGUUAAUAUAAAUGUUGAACAUUUUCUUAAA